AUGAAAAUUCCUAUAUUGGCGACAAUUUGUCAAGAGGGGUACCUAACAGGACUGAAGUCGCAAGCGCCGUCUGAAUGGAAUAACAUGAUUGAACGAAUGAAAACAGACGAUGUACUUUUCGAGAAAUAUCGCGAAAAUUACUACCGUCGGUCAAAAUAUGACGGAAUUGGUAACUGCAACGAAGAGUGUAGGAAGGGAUGGUUAUGUAGUGCACGACAAUUUCAUCAUUCAAAGACACUUUGCGCUGAUCUUGGCUCCCUUGUUGAAAGAGAAGGCCGGAGCAGCUACCAUCGGAAACCAAAACCGGCUCAACUCACGAGUGACGAGAUCAGGAAGGCGUUUUUGGCAAGGAAACAAGUCCGAGCUAAUGAUCAGUGCCCAUUGUAA